GGGAAGAGUAAAUUAUCCGGUCAUUCUGAGGGCUCCUAUCAUGCUUCACAGAGAAGAAGUGAAACUAGAUCUUCUUGUUUUUUUGAACGUUUCACGUUAAUGUGGUUUUGUAGUUAGAAAAAGGAGGUUAAUUGGACUUGAGGACUUGUUGGCUCCUUUCUCCGGCAUUUUUACGCGCUGUGCCAGCGCAGCUGUAUGCGCACCUGAGUCCGUUGCUCCGUUUGUGCAGCGUCAACAUGACUUUAAUGCAUCUGAGCAACUAAAACUAUAAUGUGUGACAGUGCUUACCGGUGACAUGCCUGCUGUGGUGAACCUUGGUAAAUGCGCAACCUUUCACUGUGGAAUACCCACCGGAGUCCAGGUGUCAUCAGGGAGAGCUGAUGUGGCCGUUUGGAGGAGCGCACCAGUUUGAUGUCAGCGGGGAUUUGACAAAGCGCAGGAGUUUGGGAUGCAAGAGAAACCUUAGAGAGACAAUCCUCGGCUAUUUUUACCUGGAUUCAACACAGGAUGCCCGGAGCCAUGGCCUCUGAGGUGGCGUGCGGGCUGGUCUUCAGGUUACUGCUGCCAGUGUGUCUUGCAGCCGCUUGCCUGUUCAGGUACAAUGCCCUGUCCUUCGUCUACCUCAUCUACCUCCUGCUUAUUCCACUCUUCGCGGAGCCCACAAGCACAACAAUGCAGGGCCACACAGGGCGUCUGCUGCAGUCCCUCUGCUUCACCAGUAUGUCCUUCCUGCUGCUCCACAUCAUCUAUCAGAUUACCAUCAACAGCCUCCUGGCAGGGGACUCCAUCAGCUCGGACUUCAACUGUUCAACGUGGGAGAAAUCCAUAAGACAAAUUGGCUUUGAGAGCGUGAUUGGUGCAGAUGCAGGCAAUGGCAUUCGAGUGUUCAUCCCUGACAUCGGCAUGUUCGUGGUCGGCCUGGCCAUCUGGCUGCUGUGCCGCAGUUUGGUCCAGAGGAGGCCGCCUGAGGACAUGGCCCAGUACAACGCUGACUUUGAUGCAGAGGAACAAGAAGAAGAGGAGAAGCUGAGCCUGGAGGACAACAUCCUGCUGGAGGAGGACUUCGAGGCGGGGUACGAAGCCGAGGAGGACGAGGAGCUGGACGAGGAGGAGGAGGAAGAGGAGGAGGAGGAGGAGGAAGAAGAAGAGGCGAAGGAGAGCAUGAAGAGGAAAGUCCUGAGGCACGUGGCGCAGUUUGCGUCCAAGUUGAAGGAGAUUAUAGGGAACUUGAUCACCACUGCUGGGAAGGUGGUGGUCACCAUCUUGUUGGGCAUGACAGGCAUCAUGCUGCCCUCGUUGACCUCAGCUGUUUACUUCUUCAUCUUUCUGUUCCUGUGCACCUGGUGGUCCCUCUGCCGGACCUUCGACACACUCAUCUUCAGCUGCAUGUGUGUCCUGAUGGCCAUUUUUAGUGCUGGACAUAUCGUUGUCCUCUACCUCUACCAGUUCCAGUUCUUCCAGGAGUCCAUUCCACCAGGCGACAGCUACUCCCGUGUAUUUGGCAUCUCCCCCAUUAUUCAGAGCCACUGCUCCUACACAUGGAAGCUCACUGUGCACCCGGAGCGUAAGUGGUACCACUUUGUCAAUCCCAUCAUGCUGCUGAUUCUCUACUACACCCUGGCCACGCUCAUCCGCCUCUGGCUGCAGGAACCCAUCGACCAGCUGACGGACGACAAGGACAGCGAUAUGUGCGAGGAGGAAGAUCUGGACGGAAACAGAACAAAUAACUCAGCCAACAGGAAGAGGCAGAUGUGGUGGGAAUCACGCCAAGGCACAGAUGAGAAAAACGCGGUACCCACUUCAAACGGGACGUCCUUUGAUUUUGUCACAACUGAGAAUGGACCAGUCUGUCUGGACUUGUACUCCACCCCCCAGUAUAAAAUGGACCAACCCAGUGAUGGUACAGAGAAGAAGGAUGAGUGUGUGUAUGAGGUGUGUUUGCCCCCGGAGGACUCUGCAGUGGAAGGAGGAGUGGAGAAGUCUGAGGACGGAGAGGAUGGGAUAAAGAAAAGAGGAGUCAGCGCGAUGGUCAAAAUCUUCCACUUCAUCAUGAAACAGAGCUACAUCUGUGCUCUCAUAGCAAUGAUGGCGUGGAGCAUCACAUAUGUCAGCUGGCUGACAUUUGUCUUCCUCAUCUGGUCGUGCAUGCUGUGGAUGGUGAGGGACCGGAGGCGGUACGCCAUGCUCUCUUCUCCCUUCAUGGUGGCCUACGGCAACCUGCUGAUAGUGCUGCAGUACAUUUGGAGUUUUGAGAACAUUUCACCCGUCCCCGGGUUCUUCGUCAAGAAGAACAACCCUUUCCACUCGCUUUCAUCCAAGGUCCUGUGUCUGCUGAGCUUCUGGCUGCUGCUGAGACAGACGCUCACAGAGAGAUGGGAAAAACAAAAGGAGGACAGUGCUGGUCUCUCAGAAGUUCAUGUGGAGGAUCAGAAGAAGAAGGAGGAAGAGGACUCUGAGGAGGGAGGGGAGCAGGACACCAUGCAUGUUCUGGGCAACAUGGUCAUGGCUGUGCUGGUUAAAUACUGGAUCUACAUCUGUGGUGGGAUGUUCUUCAUCGUCAGCUUUGAGGGAACCAUGGUCAUGUACAAGAUCAUCUACAUGAUGAUGUUCCUCUCCUGUGUGGCGCUCUAUCAGGUGCACUUUGAGUGGUGGCGAAGGAUCCUGAAGUACUUCUGGAUGUCGGUGGUGGUUUACACCAUGCUGGUCCUCGUCCUGGUCUACACCUACCAGUUUGAAAGCACUAGGAAUUCCUGGUCCAACAUGACGGGCAUGGAAGAAAAGGGCUUAGAGGACCUGGGCCUAAAGAGGUUUGAUGUCCCCCAGCUAUUCACCAGGAUUUUUAUUCCCACUUCCUUCCUGCUGGUGUGUAUUCUCCACCUGCACUACUUUCAUGGCCGCUUCCUUGACCUCACCGACCUCCAGGCUGUGGUGGCCAAAGAAGAGAGCACUAUCUACAGACUGGUGCACCAAGAUGGCAGCCUGGCAGAUCUCACCAUGCUCAGCGCCAGCUCGGUAGAGGCGGUGCUGCCCAGAGAGGAGCAGGAGCCACAGGAGAAGCAGGAGGAGCAGGGGAAGCAGGAGGAGCAGGGAGAGUGGCAGACAGAGGAGAAGGAGAAGGAGCAGGCCCUGGUUGUGGUGAUGUAUGACACUGACAUGACUGGCGAGAAGCCCAGGAGCUUUUCCGACCCGAGGCAGUCCAGCACAGAGGAGAGCCACCACUGCAGUGUGGGGACGGAGCCAGAGCCGAGCACCGAGCAGAGCUCAGAUCUGAAGAAUAAAUGGCACCUGGUGGUCGACCGUCUGACUGUGCUCUUCCUCAAGUUCCUGGAGUAUUUCCACAAACUGCAGCUGUUCAUCUGGUGGCUGCUGGAGAUCCACAUCAUCAAGAUCGUGUCCUGCUACAUUGUUCUGGUCUCUCUCGAAGAGGUGUCUUUGUUCAACUAUGUGUUUCUGGCAUCCUGGGCCUUUGCACUGCCCUACAGCCAGUAUCGGCCCCUGGCCUCCAGUGUUUGCACUGUGUGGACGUGUGUCAUUAUUGUAUGCAAAAUGUUGUACCAGCUGAAGUCUAUAGACCCUCUAUCAUACUCCAAGAAUUGCACUGAGUUCAUGCCAAGUAACUACACAGACGACAAUAAGGAAGAGAUAAAGGAAUCUCUGCUGUAUAAGAAACUUGUGGAACCAGCACACUGGGUGGGCCUGAGGAAGUCUUUGUCUGAUGACCUGCUGGGAUACCUCAGGCACAACUUUGCGAUGCUGGCUCUGUUAGUGUUCGAGGUGACCAUCUACCGCCAUCAGAAAUACUUCAGACUGAGGAACAAACUGUCACCUCCCAUUUCCAGGAUUAUCUUCCAUGAUAUCACACGGCAGCAUCUGGACAUCGGCAUCAUCAGCUGCAUCAAAUAUUUUAUCAACUACUUCUUCUACAAGUUUGGACUUGAGACAUGCCUGCUGUUGGUGGUCAAUGUAAUUGGGCAGCGUAUGGACUUCUAUGCCAUGCUUCAUGCCUUCGCCUUGAUAGCAGUCAUGUAUAAACGCAGGAGGAAAGCCAUCGCUGAGAUCUGGCCCAAGUACUGCUGCUUCCUGGCCUGCAUGCUGACAUUUCAGUACCUUGUCUGCAUCGGGAUCCCACCUGCAGCCUGUAAAGACUAUCCCUGGAGGUUCCCCUCACAUUAUACAGACUCCAAUGUGAUCAAGUGGCUCUACAUUCCAGAUUUUCUCACCAAACCCAACUCAUCGUUCCUCAUCUAUGACUUCAUGUUGCUGUUGUGUGCCUCUCUCCAGAGGCAGGUCUUUGAUGAUGAGAACAAGGCGGCAAUCCGUCUAAUGGCUGGAGACAAUGUGGAGAUCUGCAGAGACUUGGACGCAGCCUCUUUCAGUGUCCACAACCCCGUCCCCGACUUCAUCCACUGCAGGUCCUACCUGGACAUGCUGAAGGUCAUCAUGUUUAGCUACAUGUUCUGGUUUGUCCUCACCAUCAUCUUCAUCACGGGGACCACGCGCAUCAGCGUCUUCUGUAUGGGCUACCUGGUGGCCUGCUUUUACUUCCUGCUCUUUGGUGGUGAGCUGUUGCUAAAACCAAUCAAAAAGAUCCUCCACUACUGGGACUUCCUGAUCGCAUACAACAUCUUCGUAAUCACCAUGAAGAACAUUUUGUCUAUCCUGGCUUGUGGCUACAUCAACCAUCUGAUUGAAAACAACAGCUGCUGGUUGAUCCAGUUGCUCAGUCUGGCCUGCACCAUCAACGAGUACAAAAUCAUCAAGAAAGAUAAGCCUGAAUGUGAGCUUCCGAGUAACGAGGCUGGGAUCAUCUGGGACAGUAUCUGCUUCGCCUUCCUGCUGCUGCAGAGACGAGUCUUCAUGAGCUACUACUUCCUCCACGUGGUGGCUGAUAUCAGAGCGUCACAGGUCCUCGCAUCCAGGGGGGCGGAGCUUUUUCAGGCCACUAUAGUGAAGGCGGUGAGAGCCCGACUCGAGGAGGAGCGCAAAUCUGUGGAGCAGCUGAAGAGACAGAUGGAGCGCAUUAAGGUGAGGCAGCAAAAGUUUAAGAGGGGCAAGGAGAAGAUGCUGAGCUUGGCGCAGGAGUCUGGAGAAGGACAGACCCCCGUCCAGCCUGAGGAAGAUGACGAUGAUGGAGCACAGCGAACGAAAGCCAAGACCAAAAAAAAGCAGUGGUGGAGGCCGUGGGUUGACCAUGCUUCCAUGGUUAGAAGUGGAGACUAUUACUUGUUUGAAACUGACAGUGAGGAGGAAGAGGAGGAGGAAGAGAAAAAAGAUGAAGAACCGCCAAAGAAGUCUGCAUUUCAGUUUCUUUAUCAUGCCUGGAUCACAGACCCCAAAGCUGCCCUGAAGGCACGAGCCAAAGAGAAACGCAAAUUUUGGAAAAAAUACACCAAAGGAGUUAGACACAGAAAAAGCAAGAAAAAUGCGGGUCAUGUGGUCAUAGAGGUUGGCGAGCUCUCGGACGGGCAAGAAAAAAGUGAGGAGAACAAGAAGUCUGGUAGUCCAGACAACAUCAUCAAGCGAGUGUUCAACAUCAUAAAGUUCACCUGGGUGCUCUUCCAGACGACCGUGGAGAGCUUCACCAAGUGGAUGAAUGAAAUGUGCAGAGAGUACAUCGACAUUUCCACUGUGCUGCGUAUAGAGCGCUGCAUGCUGACCAGAGAGGUCAAAAAGGGUAACGUGCCGUCCAGAGAAAGCAUCCAUGUCUACUACCAGAAGGCCAUGAGGCUCAACAUGUCCCGGCAGGCCAGUAUGGAUCAGCUAAGCGAUGACGAGUCGGCCUCAGGCUCCACCAGGGUCCGAAGAAGGCGAGGAGGCUACCGCAUGGAGAGCCAGGACUCCACAGCCUCCAGAGACAGCAUAUCCAGUGCCUUUACCGAGGCAACCACACUGUUUUCUCGCCAAUCCACCCUGGAAGACCUUGAUGGAAUGCCGGAGUGCAUUCCCAAAACCAGUGAACGCGCCAGGCCCAAACUGCGAAAGAUGUACGGCCUGGACCAGUCCAAUUCAUCAAUGGAUAGUGGCAGCAGCUUCAUGUCCAGUGAAGCGACCCAGUGCGUCACACUCUACUCCAGACAGGGCACCACAGACACCAUAGAAGAAGUGGAGGAUGAGCAGGAUCAAGGGGAGGAGAAGCAGGAGGUUCCCUGGGAAUUCCAGCAGGUAGACGAGAGUGAGGGGGCCGAGGGCGGCCUCUGGAGUGACGGAGAACCCAGGGAGAAAGAGAAGGAGGAGAGUGAGGGCCAGGAGGGAGUGGAGGGUGAGAAGGAAGCAGAGGUACCAAUGGACCAGGAGAGCAAAGAGAGAGAAGAGGGUCCCUGGGAAUCCUUUGGUCCUGAUGAGGGCCCCUCCCUCAGGCCCGAGGGAGUGGAGUCUGCCUCUUCCGCCCAGGAGAAGGACUUCACAACAGAGAGUGAGGACGGGGGAGGACAGCAGGACUUCACGCAGUCAGAGGGGCGAGCAGGGCUCCUCUACACCCCUGAUACAGAUGCUUCCAAAACAUCUGACGCUGACGUGCCUCCCAGCUACAGCAAGGCUGUCAGCUUUGACCGUCUGGAAGUUAGCGAUGAUGAGAGUGACAUGGAUAGGAAGAGGCGUAUGGUUAUGACCUCUGACAGCCGCUCAGACAGCAGGUCAGACAUCAUGUUGCCCUCUAUGACCACCGAGCUGACCGCCAGCGAGCUGCUGCUCAACAAGAUGUUUUAUGAUGAUGAGCUGGAGCAGUCAGAUACAUUCUACAAAAGGCAGCCUCUGAUCCUCCAGCUCUGCUACGCCCUUUACAACAUGCUGGUGGCUCACUCAGAGAUGGUGUGCUACCUGGUCAUCAUCAUCAACCACAUGGUGUCGGCCUCAUGUGCCACCCUGGUCCUUCCCAUCACCAUCUUCCUCUGGGCCAUGCUGUCAGUUCCCCGGCCCAGCAAGCGCUACUGGAUGACUGCCAUUAUUUAUACUGAGGUCACCAUCGUCGUCAAGUACUUCUUCCAGUUUGGCUUCUUCCCCUUCAACGAAUCACAUUCAACAAAGUUAAAUAAGAAUAAACCAUAUUUCCCUCCUAAUAUCAUUGGUGUGGAGAAGAAGGAUGGUUACGUACACUACGACCUGGUCCAGUUACUGGCUCUCUUCUUCCACAGAUCCAUUCUCAAGUGUCAUGGUCUGUGGGACGAAGACGAUCCCAAAGAGAGGAAAGCAGCCUCUCGUCAGAGUGAGUCAGAGGACGAAGGUAAAGACAAGGUGGAGAGUGAUAAAGAGUCCGAACCCGCCUCCUCUCUGAUCAGUGAGAGGAGAGGCUCCAAUCAGACCUUGAGAUCCAUUAACUUUGGGACCUCCAUUGAUUCCGGACACGUCCUGGUGCACUACCCACAACAGCAGACCUACCAGCGCCGCAAGAGCUCCAGUGGAGGCUCGCACAUCUCUCACCGAUCUCUCCACUCUUCUGCGCGGUCCAAGAGAGGAAGUACUGCUUCCCACAACAGCAGCCGCAAGGAUGGCAGUGAGGCCAGCGUCCAUCAGAAGACCCGCAAACAGAUGAUCAUGGAGAAGCUGAGGGAGCAGCUCCUCAAAGGAAAAGCUUUCAUCAUAAAGCGGUUCAUGGAGAUCUACCUUCCUAUAAGGCAGUUCUUCCAUAACUUGAUCCAUCCAGAGUACAGCGCAGUCACAGACGUCUAUGUGCUGAUGUUCCUCGCCGACACGGUCGACUUCAUCAUCAUUGUGUUUGGAUUCUGGGCCUUUGGUAAACACUCAGCGGCAGACAUCACGUCCUCUCUCUCAGAGGAUCAGGUGCCGGGACCUUUCCUGGUCAUGGUGCUGAUCCAGUUUGGAACCAUGGUGGUGGACCGGGCCCUCUACCUCAGAAAGUCCGUCAUGGGCAAGGUCAUCUUCCAGGUCAUCCUCCUCUUCGGCAUCCACUUCUGGAUGUUCUUUAUCCUGCCAGGAGUCACAGAAAAGCGUUUCAGCGAGAACAUAGUCGCCCAGAUGUGGUAUUUUGUCAAGUGCAUCUACUUCGGACUGUCAGCCUAUCAGAUCCGCUGUGGUUACCCCACCCGCGUUUUGGGAAACUUCCUCACCAAGAGCUACAAUUAUGUCAACCUCUUCCUGUUUCAAGGUUUCCGUCUGGUGCCGUUCCUGACAGAGCUGCGAGCCGUGAUGGACUGGGUCUGGACCGAUACCUCGCUGUCUCUGUCCAGCUGGAUCUGUGUGGAGGACAUCUACGCUCACAUCUUUAUCCUCAAAUGCUGGAGAGAGUCUGAGAAGAGGUAUCCCCAGCCGCGAGGCCAGAAGAAGAAGAAGGUGGUGAAGUACGGGAUGGGAGGGAUGAUCGUAAUGCUGCUGAUCUGUAUCGUCUGGUUCCCGCUGCUCUUCAUGUCUCUCGUGAAGUCUGUAGCUGGAGUCGUCAACGCGCCACUGGAUGUUUCGCUUGAAAUCACCCUGGCUGGCUUUCAGCCCAUCUUCACCAUGAGCGCUCAGCAAAAUCAACUGAAGGAAGUCACACAUGAGGAGUUUGCAAAAUUUAUGCAGAACCAUACUAAUCAUGACGAGGCCCUGCAGUGGCUGGAGAACUACGUACACAGUGACCUGACCAUCGCAGAGCUGAAAGGCAGCUCCAACUCUCUGUGGACCAUCAGUCCGCCUAGCAGAGAAAACCUGAUACAGAUGUUGUUAAAUCCUACAGAUGAAUUCCCUGUCACUGUGUCCUGGUCCGUUCAAAGAAAGAAAAACUCGUAGAACUCCUGUGGGGGAACAGAUCAGAUGUGAUCCUAAAGGACAUCUUCCCUCGUUAUCUUCGGGCCCCCAGUGACUCAGAUGCCAAACCUGUUAAGGAGCUUAUGGAAGGUGAAGAGCUGUUAAAGAUAAAUUUGAUACUGAAUCGAAUGGAGCCCUUGAAUAAUGAGAGGAAGGAAUGGUGGAUGGUCAAUCAGACAGAGCCCGGCCUGAUACCAAAGCGGUCUAACCAUGAAGCAGGACUGGAGGUCUACGUAUUCAGCGACCAAGUCAGCCCGCCCAGUUUGGGCUUUCUGGCUGGAUAUGGGAUCAUGGGCUUGUAUGCCUCUGUGGUUCUGGUCAUUGGCAAGUUUGUGCGUGAGUUCUUCAGCGGCAUUUCCCACACCAUCAUGUUCGAGGAGCUGCCCAACGUGGACCGCAUCCUCAAAUUGUGCACCGACAUCUUCCUGGUGCGAGAGACGGGGGAGCUGGACCUGGAGGAGGACAUGUACGCCAAACUCAUCUUCCUCUACCGCUCGCCAGAGACUAUGAUCAAGUGGACCAGAGAGAAAACUGAGUGAAACUCGGCGACGGGACGUUUAACUAAUGAGAGUGAGCUGGAGCUUUUCGUGAUGGGAGCCGCUCAAUCAGAGAAACUGGGUGUUUGUUCUGUUGGUGUGAGCAGCUAUUUCAGCACAUUCACCUGCUGAGGGAGUGCAAAGCAUCCGAGGACCAACUCUGUCCUCUUCAACUGAGCUCUGACGGCAGCGUUUCACUGUUAGCUCCACACUUAAACACUUUGUUUGAGUUAUAAACUGGUAUUUUCUACUAUUUACGGAUGGAGAGACAACAUCAAUCGCAGUCACAAUGUUAAACAUUGAGGACAAAUUUAUCUCGCAAAAACCUGGCUGAGUUUGGCACCCAGUGGAUAAAAUAAGCCCACUGGUGUUCAGUUGGAAGAAAUCCUUUAGGACAAUUCUCAUAAAUUAUUUUAAAAAAGUGCUAUCCCCAGUAUAAAAGUAGGUUUUUAAACACAAACGCCCAGAGGCCUCAUCGCUCUUCACGCCUGUGUACUAACAUUUUCACAAUUGCACGGUAGGCGUAGAGAAGCUCAACGUGAAUGCAACAUUAAUCUUUUUAAGGGCUUCCCACCAACGAAUUAGUGCACAAUGACCACAUGAGCACAAUCUUAUAUUUUCUCCAACUGGAACGUUUGGAAACGUGGGACUGUGCAAUAUUGAGCUCUCGUUCCUCCAUGUUUUCGAAAAGGAUGCAAACCGAGAAAAAAAUGGGCCGGUUCUGACAUGAACAUAAAGACCACCUUUUUUUUUUUUUUUUUAAGAGGCCACAUGGGAGCCUCCCCCGGAGACACAACGCAGAAAACAUAAUCAAACAAUACUUGCCUUAUUUUGUUUGUAUGUGAAGAACUGAAACUCAACUACAUAUCUUUCUCAGGAAGAGC